GUGUAAAUAAGAGAAGUGUACUUUAUUUUGAUUGAUAAUAGUAAAUUUUAUCCCGUGUGAUGGCCGGCCACUUGUUCCCUACAACAAUGAAGUCAGUUUUUCGCUGAAAGUACUUUGAGACAACUCUGACCUCGUGAAAGCGUUGGUGUCGUCAACCUCUGUGUUUGUGCUACGCCAAUGUGACUCUUGUGACUCUUCCUUGGAGGUUAUGGCUCCUCAUUCAUUCAACUUAGAGCAUCCUGCUUGGGAUAAGGAGACCAGGACAAUCGGAAUCAGAGUGAGAAGGACGAUGUUGAAGUGGACAGUCUGCCAGCAGCGGCAGGGCCACAUGGGGUCGGCGCGGACACCGGGGCCGGGCCCCGGCGCCGCCAGCACGUCCCCGAUGACGACGUCCAAGAUGUCAUCGCUGGCGCGGCGCAGCUGCGGCGCGGCCAUCGGCCUGCUACUGGAGCAGGACGCCGACACCCAGGCCGUGGCGAGAGCGGCGCGCAGGGCGGCGCGCCGGUCCGCGCGGCGCUGCAAGGAGGCCGACGGCGGCGCGGACGGCGACAAGGAGAACGCGGACGAGCAACCCUUCUCUCCGCGGGCGCGCGAGGCCUACGGCGCCCUGAGGGACGUCAGCAACACCCCGACGGCCGAGGGGCGGCUGUCGCUCAAGACGCCCGACUCGGGCAAGAAGCGCAGCCGCAGCCAGUGCCGCGACAUCACCAACAUCCCGGCGUCCGUGGACCAGCCCAGGUCGCGGUCGUCGGGCUCCGGGCGGCCGUCGCUCUCGGCUACGCCCGAGUCGAAGCGGUCCAAGCCGCGCAUCCAGCCGUACGAGGACUGCGAGGACGACGUGGUGGAGGCCGCCUGGCCCGCCCAGGUCGAGGCGCAGGUCGCCACCCUCAAGUUCCUGCCCCGGCAGCGCACCACGUCCAGCGGCGUGGCGCGCAUCAGACAGAGCCGGGACCUGGCCCGCGGCGUGGCGUCCAAGGCCCCGAGGAUCUCCUCGGCGCCCAAGCGCCACCGCCGCAAGAAGUCGGCCUCGCACUCGGCGACGCCGCGCUUCGUCAGGCCGGCCGUGGAGACGGCCGGGGACGCGGCACGGUGCGCCGUCGUCGUGCCGCUCAAGGACGCCCAGAGCGCCCACGUGACGCCGUCCAGCUCGCCCAAGACGGGCAGGUCGGCGAGGACGAGCCCCGAGCACCCCGAGUCCACAGCGAGCGUCAUCUCCCCUGGGGAGACGCUGCUGCGUAUGCUGGAGCGGGUGGCCGCCGAGGAGGCCGGUGACGACGCCCCCGCGUCCCGCACCGCCUCGCCCAUGGCCAUCGACUACUCUCCGUGCCCGCUCCGCACCACCCAGAGCCUGCUGGCGCUGCGCCGGCGGCUGUUCGACAACAGCGUGCUGGAGCCCAACGUGCGCACGGGCCGGCUGCAGCACACGGACCACCCCGAGCAGCCCUCGCCCGAGCCGAGCAGCACGCCGCUGCCCCUCACCACGCCGCUCAUCGCGGCCUUCGACCGCUGGCACCGCCUGCGCGACACGGCCGACCAGGACAACGAGAGCACGCCGGUGGCCGCCGGGGUGGCGCGCACCCGCCGCAGCAGCGCGACGUCCGGAGUGUCGCCGCUGGCGUGCCGCCUGGCCUGGCUGCGGCUGCAGGCGCAGAGGGACGCCGCCGACCCCACCCAGUGCCCCUUCCCUCCCUUCGGCCACGACGGCCGUUACCUGUCCGUCGACGCCCCCGAGCCCCCCGUGCACCACGCUUCUAGUCCGCAGCUCAACAGCAGCCUGCUGUGCAGCCGCCGCCGGCGCUUGUCCGGCUCCAUGCCGUCGGUGUCCUCCUCCUCCUUCCGCGUGCCGUCCACCCCCAAGCGCGAGGCCAAGCGGUCGCGCUGCAGCCCGGCCUCCAUCCUGGCCAGCGACACCCUCAGCCUGCUCAACCACGGGCCGGCGUCCUCCGCGUCGCUGUCCUCUCUGUGCUCCCUGUUCCCCGGCUACCGGCCUCCGUCCAUCGCGAGCGCGUCCAGCCUCAGCGACAUCCCCGCCAUGUCCUCGUCGCCGCUGGCCGACGCCUGCGACGCCUCCCUGCUCCGGCGCCAGCGCUGCGUGCGCAGGCGUCGCCGCACCUCCCUCACGGACAUCGACGCCGUUCUGUCGUCCACCUUGUCGACGGCGGCGUCCUGUCCCAACAUCCCCCGUGACGUAGACGAGGCCUGCCCCUCACCGCCCGGCCUCUCAUCGUCAGGCUACUCUUCGUCGACGACCGAUCCACUCGGCCGGCCCCCAACCUCGUGCUCGGCGUCAACGGCUUCCUCCAACAACCUUGAUGCCCCCUCAACGGCCUCCUCCAUAAGAUCGCGGAGGUACGGCCUCACCCUGCCCACGGGCAUCCCUAGCCCCGAGAGCCCCCUCGACGCCGUGUCCUGCCGCGCCGAAGUCAGCACCCUCCUGGACCCCAACUUCAUGUGCUCGACGCCGCUGCUCCCGCGCGCCGCCACCACCACCAAGACCACCCUGGCCGACAAGCUGACCCAGUCUCAGACCUCCCACGCGCCCGACCGGCCCAACGUGGCCGAGGUGGACUUCGACAGCGCGUCGCUCCUCGUCAACAGAGGGUCGCCGGCCACCGACGACACCUGGGACUCUCACCGCGUACAAAAGGUGGUGCAGACCCCCGCCGUCAAGGACAACAGCUGCAGCAGCAGCGACCCUCUGACAGAGGCCGAGCUCAACGACUAUGUGCCCCCCUCCCCCUUCGCCCUGGUCGAGAGGCGCUGCCGCUCCAGGAAGGGGCUGCUCUUCGCCUCCCCGGGGGCCAACUCGGCCCUGCCCCUGGACCUGGACCUCGGCCUGGACGCCGGCUACCCGGGCGGCGUGUGCUCGUCCCUGCUGACGCCGUCCUCGAGGUGCUCGACGUCGUCGACGUCCUCGUCCUACGCGUCCUCGUCGUCCUCCUGCCGCAGCCGAAGAAAGUCCACACCCUGGAGGAGGAGCUGCAAGGACGUCGCCCUACCCGGUGAAUUGGAGCUUAACAUCAACGCCACUGGUGACCAGCUCACUGUCCAUGUGGUGCGCGGCAGCGGCCUCCGGAGACCCGGCGGCGACUCCUGCAACGCCUACGUCAAGGUGUCCCUGGUCGCGGGCGCCACCGAGGAGAAGACGUUCCGCCGGACGUGCGUGCACCGGGACUCGAGCCAGCCCGUCUUCGACCACAAGUUCUCGUUCGAGGUGCAGGAGGCGGACCUCGAGAAGCGGGUGCUCGUCUCCGUCUGGCAUCGCGACAGGCCAAAGAGGUGA